AUGACAGCAGGAACUGUUGUUAUCACCGGGGGAAUCCUAGCGACAGUGAUCCUACUGUGCAUCAUUGCCGUGCUCUGCUACUGUAGGCUACAGUACUACUGCUGCAAGAAAGAUGACUCCGAUGAGGAAGAGGAGGAGGAGGAGGAGGAGGAGGAAGAGGAAGAGCCCGACCUUCCCACGCACUCUCAUCCCGGCACGUGUAAUGCCUGCAACUCCCGCGUCGUGGAUGGGCAGGGCAGCCCCACGCCCGUCCCCGAGCUCAACCAGCACGGGGCUCACCCCCGCUGCCCGACCUGCUCCCCCUACAGCUCCCCCUUUUACAUACGGACCCCCGACAUGGUGCGCAACGGGGGCGAGCGGGUUGCCUACGCACCCGCCUGCUACAAGGAGAUGGGGCCACCCGUCAACCUGGCGGCCCUGCAGGGCUUCGCGCUGAGCCGGCACGGCGUCCUCCGCGAGAGUUUCCCCCCGCCGAGGGCCAUCAGCACGGAGGUGUGA